AUGCUGUAUUUCAGUAUUUUGGGAGCGUUGGUUGUUGCGCCCUCACUACAAGCUCACGCAAUUUACCUACACAAAGUUACGUUGACGUGGUUCAAGGAUCUAAACACACCGGAGCAAUUUGGAUUCGCUCAUCAUCAAGUCACACCCUUCUACAUCUCAACACCAGAUGGAGUCAAGCUGCACACAUGGCAUGUGCUCCCUUUAGCGACAUAUGAGUCGUACCAGGAAGAAUUGUUGGACCAAGGGCCAGACGGUGGAUUGGUAGACAGGUUUGAAGAUACUUUGAACUUCCGUCUACUGAAAGAGAACCCAAAUGCUCGCCUGGUUCUUUACUUCCAUGGCACCAGUGGAACUAUGGCCAGUGGUUGGCGCCCUGAUAGCUACCGCUCUCUCUACUCGGCUGAUCCCGUCGACACCCACGUUCUGACGUUCGACUAUCGCGGGUAUGGAGAGUCAACCGGCUCGCCAAGCGAAGAUGGUAUCAUCACAGACGCGGUAACUGUUGCCAACUGGGCCAUGCAUACCGCAGGUAUCCCCCCCGAGCGCAUCGUUAUCUUCGGCCAAAGCCUGGGCUCAGCAGUAGCCAUUGCUCUUGUCAACGAGCUAGCUCACAGGCAACCUCCCGUUCACUUUGCUGGAUUGGUGGUUACAGCCACCUUUGCCGACAUCCCCCAAUUGACGGCCACGUACCGUAUUGGCGGGUUUAUCCCUGUGCUCUCACCAGUAGCAAAGGUGAAGCCGCUAUUCGCGUUCUUUGCACGACAGCUUUCCAGUACUUGGGACAACAUGUUCAGACUGGGUGAGUUCGUCAAGGCUGCCGAGAGGUACGAUAUCACCCUUCUUCAUGCCGAGGAUGACACAGAUAUUCCCAUGGAGCAUUCCAUCAAGCUUUACAGGGAAGCUGUCCAAGCUGCAGAGGGUGUCAAGGACUCGGCCGAGAAUGAUGGUGAGCUCCUCAGCAGAAUUAGCAGUGUCGAAAAAGGCCGCGGAGCAGGGGGCUCAAUCACUGCCUGGCCUACCAGCAAGGGAAACAUUAGACUCGAGAUUUUAAAGUACGGAGUACAUGACAAGAUCAUGGCAUAUCCCGCGACUGGGCUUGCGAUCAGCCGGGCGUUCGCUUCGGUACAGCAAUAG